GUAUACCAAAGCGAUACCCACACCCCCACCACUUGCUUUUAUCGUGAAAUUUUGGUUUUACCUCUUUGAUUCGUUACUUUAUUUUCGUGGGCUUUCGUUCUUGAUGGCGUUCUUGCCUUCUCCGCCUAACUCUCAUGCUAUAAAAGACUGGCCCUUCUGGUUGUUUGAUGACCUUUUCUUGUGAACUUCACCCCCACACACUCCUCACUCUCUCUCCGAUCUUGUGUAUCCUCUCUCUCCUCCUGCAAGUUCUCUGGAGAGAAUGGGGUUGUUUAGAGAUAAGGGAGUCGUUUACAAGGCGGUGGAGGCGGUUGAUCUCGGCCCUGACAGUGAUGAAUUCUAUCUCCAAGCCAACGUCAAAGCUCCUCGCAUGGCCGGACUUCUUGUGAAGAUCUUCGUGUGGUUCUUGGAAUCGAGGAUAUUCGGGCCGGUGUUGGUAUACUUCCUCAAGAAAAACAAUCUCAUUCAAAAGCUUGUUUCAAAUGCAGAGAUUGGGGAGUCCCCAGUCUUUGAUCCCUCGCAUCCAUUUGAAGAACUGAACGAGCAAGAAGUGAUUGAGAUAGAUCCUAAUCUGUCGGUGCCUGAAAAAGUUCAGAAAGCAGUGAAUGCCAUAACUCCACCGGUUGAAGAAUUAGUAGAUGGCACGAAGCCUUCAUUUCGCCGAUGGACUAUAAUGGACUACUCGAGAGCCUAUAGCUCAGGAGUACUAACUCCUCUUAAGGUGGCAGAGAGAUUUAUAGCUGCCGUCGAAGAAUCUUCCGCUCGACCGUUGCCAAUGGACUUCUUCAUCAACUGCAAUUUCGAAGAUAUUCUGAGGCAAGCUAAAGAGUCGAAACUCCGUUAUGAAAGAGGAGAGCCUAUUUCAGCGCUGGAUGGAGUACCGGUCGCUGUCAAGGAUGAGAUAGAUUGCUCUCCGUAUCCUACUACAGGCGGUACAAAGUGGUUGCACAAAUUCAGAACUUGUCAGGGGGAUGCGUGCUGCGUCAUGCGCCUCAGGUCGUGCGGAGCCAUACUUGUUGGUAAAACCAAUAUGCACGAGCUCGGCGCUGGAACGAGUGGGAUAAAUCCUCACUACGGAACUGCUAGGAAUCCAUAUGAUAGCAAAAGGAUAGCCGGAGGUUCUUCGAGUGGAUCUGCUGCUGUGGUUUCUGCAGGACUAUGUCCUGUUGCUCUUGGUGUUGACGGGGGAGGAUCCGUGCGGAUGCCUGCAGCUCUUUGUGGCGUGGUUGGUUUAAAGCCAACAUUUGGACGUGUACCACAUGAGGGCGUUCUUCCUCUGAAUUGGACUGUUGGGAUGGUCGGUAUACUCGCCGGCACAAUUGAGGAUGCCUUUAUCGUUUAUGCAGCUAUGAGUGGCCAACCUGUUCCGCAUGGUCCAACCCUCCCACUGCCCAAAGAAUACUAUCCCUUAUUGAAGUCGACUACACCUAUUUCUGGCAUCAGAUUGGCAAAGUAUGGAAAGUGGUUCGAUGAUUGCAGUGAUGAAAUCAAGACAUGUUGUUCUCAUGCAUUGUACCAGCUUCGUAAACAGUAUGGUUGGGAGACUCUGGAGGUGACUAUACCGGAGAUAGAAGUGAUGCGACUGGCACAUUACACAACAAUUGCAUCUGAGUGCCACACAUCACUCAGCUCUUAUCUAGAGAAACUGGAUGUUGCAGAGUUGGGAUGGGAUGCAAGGGUGGCUCUCGGUGUAUAUGGUUCCUUCAGCAGCAAGGAUUAUAUUAAGGCCCAGAGAAUUAGGAACCGGCAGAUGCAAUUUCACAGAAAGAUAUUUGCUAAAGCAGAUGUCAUUGUGUCACCAACAAUAGGGGUAACUGCAUAUGAAAUCUUCGAUGAUGCUCGCGAAACUGGUGAACUCGACUACAUAAAUGGAGCUGCACUUGUGCGUUAUUCGAUAGCAGGAAACUUUCUAGGAUUGCCUACCAUUACCAUCCCGGUUGGAUAUGACAAAUUGGGCUUGCCAAUUGGCCUUCAGUUUAUUGGGAGGCCGUGGUCUGAGCCGACAUUGAUCCACAUAGCGCAUGCCAUGCAGGCCCUGUGCAUAUCUGAGUGCCGAAAGCCGGAAGUAUUCUAUGAUCUGCUCAAGGAGGACUAAUUAAUGGGCAGAGAGAGAUCUAUCCGCCUGCUUGACGCUUCCGUACCUGAAAUCACGGGCAACAAUUUAGUUUUGGAAUAACAAGUCCCCUGCACCAUUAUUUGGCGAUACACCAUUGACAACUUCCACUUUGCCUUUCAUAAUUACAGUUUACGUGAUGAAAUAUUCAGGUCAGGGACCAGGAAGAUAGAGUAAACUUAGUCUGGCACUCGAAAACUGUCUUAGAAUAUGUCCCGACACCUGACCCCCAAACACCCAAAAAAAAAAAAGAAAAGGAGAGAACAGUUUAUGGCUUUUUUGCAAGUGAUGUAUAGAGUUUUUCUUUUUUUUUUCUUUUUUUUUGGGAUGAGUGGCUUUGAAACCAUCCGAUGUUCUCAUUUACAAAAUGACUCCACUAUUACCGCUGCAACUUUUCCAAUGGAUGGUUUGUUUCAGACUUUGAAAA